AAACCAAUUAUCGUUUGCAAUGCAAGUGACUGAAAGAUAGUGAAGCACAAAACCUGGCAAUUAGUUUAAUUGGAAUAUUGAUGUUUAACAUGUUGAUAGUUUGCCAGUUAGUUUCGUGAAAUAUUACCAAUAGCACGUAUGGGCAUAAUGAGUCCAAAGUUUUUGUCUUUUCUGCGCUAUCAACGAUAUUUGGGCCUCUCGGAUUUGGACUUUUCCGAUUCGUUGCAAAAGUAUGGGCUCCAUGGUACUUGGAUUUCCAUGGCCACUCAGUCUCUGGUCGCUGGAGUUUUCGUGUCCGCUCUGGUGGCGGCACUGGCCGAAUCCCUAUACUACAUGGACACCAAGUCCGAGAGCGGCAACGCGUAUGACAACGCCGUGAUACUGACCACCUCGGUGAGCCAGCUGCUGGCCAAUUUGUGGUUCCGAUCGCAGCAAGAGUCGCAGGUGACCCUGCUGAACCGCAUUUGCCAGUUGGGGCGACGUUUGCAAUGGGAUCGGCUGGCAAUGCCCCAUCCCCGCCUGUUGUACCGCAUCUGGCUGGCUGUGUGCCUCGGCUAUGGGAUCCUGAUGUUCGGUUUCGGCUUCCAUUGGUUCAAGGACAUGCAGCUGAGCCACGUCCUCACACUUCUGGGAUUUGCAGCUCGUUGCAUUUUGGCCAACUUCCAAUUCACCUGCUACAGCGGCAUGGUGUUAGUUCUGCAAAGGCUACUGCGUGCCCAGGUGGACCAGUUGGAGAACCUGGUGUCCACCAAUGCCAUCUCACCGGCUAAUCUAGCCUGCAGUCUGAGAGCUCACGAUGAGAUCCUGCUGCUUUGCCAACGGGAACUGAUUGCCAUCUACGGCGGAGUCUUACUCUUUCUCUUCAUGUACCAGGUCAUGCAGUGUGUACUAAUAUUCUUCGUCAGCCACUUGGAGGGAUUCCAUUCGGCCAGUGAAAUGGGGCUCAUCUUGUGUUGGCUGGUGCCCAUGCUCUUCUAUCUCGUCCUCCCUUUGGCCGUCAAUGACGUACUUAAUCAGGUGAGUGUAUGUAAACGCUUUAACGUCGUUCUAAUGAAAACAAUUGGAAAACAAUCUGGUGUCCCGACCAAGUGA